UAUUUCUAAGGGGGAUUAUACAGCUUUCUCUUGACACGAACAUUGGCCCGUGACUCAGAGCAUUCUUCGGGAGCCUGGUUUCUGGGGCAGCAUCCUCUCGUCAGAUUCCCGCUUUGGCCCCGGGCCAGCAAGGCCACCCGAGCGUCCCUGGAGAGACUGCAGCGGGGGUCACCAUGGCCAAGGCUCGGAUGUGUAGGCUGUUGCCCCCAGCAGGGUGGCGCCACAGCAGAGCCAGGGGAGGCCUGUGUCGCUUCUCGUGUCCAUCCACGCGGCUCCCACCCCACUCCGUCCCCCCCGCUGCCCCCUGCCCUGGACCCCUAACAUCCACCAGGUCCCACAGCCUCCAGGACCGCCCCCCCCAAGUUGUCCAUUCGCGUCAGCUGUCAUGGUGUCCCAGCAGAGGUGGGGGGCUGGCGUCACACUGUCCCUCCAUCCUCCUUGCCUCCUGGGUUCUCUGACCAAUGGGUCCUUCCCGCAAGGAGCGGGAGCCAGGCGGCCCCCCAGAGCUGGGGAGCCUGCCCCCAGUCCCGUCUGAGGCUGAGAGGCUGGAUGCAGACCUGCGGGUGGGGACCUGCCCCUGGUGGGACUCGGUGCCACCAGUGGGCUCAGGCAGCAGGUGGACAGGCUGGGUCCCCACCCUGGUUCCUCCCCCUACCCCCGCCCCCGUGCUGAUGACAAGGAGUUUUCCUGCCAGGCGUAGGGUGGAGCGCCAUCCCUCCGUGACGGUGUGCCCGUGGUGGGCGGGUGCCCCCGGCCGCGCUCUGAGCAGCUGUGUCCUCUCUGCCCACAGGCUGCGCAGCCCCUGGGUGCCCUCGUGCCUUGGGCAGCCCCGCGUCCUGCAGGGCCGGCUGGCCAGGUCCUCGCCCUCGCUCUGGGACAGCGCGCUGCAGGAGCAGAAGGGCGAGCUGCGGAAGCGGCUGUCCUACACCACGCACAAGCUCGAGAAGCUCGAGACCGAGUUCGACUCCACGCGCCACUACCUGGAGAUCGAGCUGCGGCGCGCGCAGGAGGAGCUCGAGAAGGUCACGGAGAAGCUGCGCAGGAUUCAGAGCAACUACAUGGCGCUGCAAAGGAUCAACCAGGAGCUGGAGGACAAGCUGUACCGCAUGGGCCAGCACUAUGAGGAAGAGAAGCGAGCGCUGAGCCAUGAGAUCGUCGCCCUCAACAGCCACCUGCUGGAGGCCAAGGUGACCAUCGACAAGCUCUCGGAGGACAACGAACUCUAUAGGCAGGACUGCAGCCUGGCGGCCCAGCUGCUGCAGUGCAGCCAGACCUACGGCAGGGUCCAUAAGGUGUCCGAGCUGCCCUCGGAGUUCCAGGAGCGCGUGAGCCUGCACAUGGAGAAGCACGGCUGCAGCUUGCCCUCGCCGCUCUGCCACCCGGCCUACGCAGACAGCGUCCCCACCUGCGUCAUCGCCAAGGUGCUGGAGAAGCCCGACCCCGCCAGCCUGUCCUCCCGCCUGUCCGACGCCUCGGGCCGCGACCUGGCCUUCGGCGACUGCGGCGAGAAGCCGGGCGCGCGGCCCCCCUACAAGGGCGACAUCUACUGCAGCGACACGGCCCUCUACUGCCCCGAGGAGCGGCGGCGCGACCGGCGGCCCAGCGUGGACGCGCCCGGGACCGACGUGGGCUUCCUGCGGGCCCAGAACUCCACCGACAGCGCGGCCGACGAGGAGGACGAGGCCGAGGCGGCCGCCUUCCCCGCCGCCUUCCGGCACGAGGCCUUCCCGGCCUACGCAGCCUCGCUGCCCACGUCCAGCUCCUACUCGAGCUUCAGCGCCACGUCGGAGGAGAAGGAGCCGGCGCCGGCGGGCACGCUCCCCGCCGCGCAGCAGGCCCUGUACCGGCCCGGCCGCGACGAGCUCUUCGAGCGCGCGCCGCCCGCCGCCGCCGCCUUCCAGGGCAGCCCGCGCUUCGCCAAGGCCGCGGCCGCCGUGGCCGCGCCGCUCGAGGCCGAGGUGGCCCCGGGCUUCGCGCGGACCGUGUCGCCCUACCCGGCCGAGCCCUUCCGCUUCCCGGCGUCGCCGGGCCCGCGCCAGGCGCUCAUGCCGCCCAACCUGUGGAGCCUGCGCGCGCAGCCGGGGGCGGCGCGGCUGCCCGGCGAGGACGCGCGCGCGCGCUGGCGGCCGCUGAGCGUGGAGGACGUGGGCGCCUACCCGGUCCCCGCGCCCGCGGCCGGCCGCGCGUCGCCCUGCAGCUUCUCGGAACGCUACUACGGCGGCGAGGGCGCCGAGGGCCGCGCCAGCCCGCGCUACGCCGCCUACAAGGCCGACAGCUUCCCCGAGGGCGCCGAGCUGGCGCGCGGCCGCCGCGCCGAGCCCUGCUUCCUCCGCGCGGCCGCCGACCGCAGCCUGAGCCCCGGCCGCGCGGCCGACCCGCUGCCCGGCUACGCGCCCGGGGACGCGCCCGGCGACAGGCUGUGCGCGGCGGCCGGCAGCCCCGAGCCCGAGCGCAGCCCGCACAGCUCCAGGGACUCCCUGGAGCCCAGCUCCAUGGAGGCCUCCCCGGAGAUGCUCCCGGCCGCGCGCCUCAGCCCGCAGCCGGCCUUCGCGCGGACUGGCGGCGCGGGGCUCAGCCGCAAGGACAGCCUCACGAAGGCCCAGCUCUACGGAACCUUGCUCAACUGAGCGCCGCCCGGCCCGGCCCGGCCCGGCCCGGGGCCAGCCUCGCCCCCCCCCCCCCCCCCCGCCCCCCCGCCAGGCCCCUCUCGUGCACCUGCCCCCGGCGAGCCGGCCGAGAGCAGGGCCCGCCCCGCGUUGUCGCGUCCGCCCCAGCCCCGCCACGGUGGAACUGCCCCCAGAACGUUUUUCACAUUCCAGCGUCCCUCCCCACCUGAGAUGAGCAUUCCCCCCUUUUAUAAAGUGAAACUAUUUUUAUAGAGAAAAAGGGUCUUUCUUAACGCACUUGGCCUCCAGCUCCCUGGAUGGCAGCCUUGGCGUUUUCAACACAAAGCUCCUUUAUUUUUCGGAUGAGGGCAAGUGGGGCUUGCCCCUUGGAGGGAAGGACGGUGUCCUACGGAGACACCCCGGUGAGCCAGUGACAAGGGAACCCCGAAGCUCUGUCCACAAAGAGGGGAACUGGAACGGGUGAAGGGAUGGGAAACGUUUUAAACUGUUUUCGCCGUGUGGCCGACACCCCCCGAGCUCUCCCGUGGUCCGUCGUCCCGAGUGGGGCCGGUGCUCGUCCCCCAGUGUCCCGCUCCCUGGCACCACCUCGCUCUACCUCAGACGUAUGAGGCCCUCUGACUCCCGGUUUCUGUGGCUUGCUUUCCUGUCGUCCGCCAUGCAUGCCCUGUCUCCGUUAGUACUGUAUUUUGCAUUCAUUAAUAAAAGACAUCGGUGGAAAGAA